AUGGCCUCCCUUAACCUUUCAACCAACGGACCCUCCAUAUCCAAAAGCUAUCAGACCGUUGUGAAUGCCACGUUACCCAACGGAAGCUCUCCAACCUAUGGCCAAUGGGCAGUCUUUUCAGUGUCAACCCCGCUUGUGAACGCUUUCCAACAGGACUCCGCCAAUAAAGAGAGCGUAUUGAAAGUUCAGGCCUCUGGAGAGGGUGAACUUUUGGAUCUCAUCGAAGAGUUCUCUGAAGGUCGCAUUCAAUUCGCAUAUGUCAAAGUCACAGACCCGAAUACAGCAUUGCCGAAAAAUGUCCUCAUUGCCUGGUGCGGUGAGGGGGUUCCCGAGCGCACUAAAGGGUAUUUCACGAGUCAUCUCGCUAGCGUUUCCAAAUUCUUGCAUAGUCGCAAGCACCCCCCCCCAGCUGCAGCUCCUCGCCCCCCUGUAGCAAGCAAACCUGUGUUCACUCCAACUCGGUCUGGUGGGGUCGCCUCGGCGCCUUCUAUUUCUCGACCUAAGCCAUCUGCGCCUGAUGAUGACGAUGGCUGGGGUGCUGAUGCUCCUCCUAUUACACGAACGCAGCUCGAGAAAGUCAAACCUGCUUAUCAACCUACAAAAGUGAAUUUGCAACAGCUCAAGGCUGAGAACCAGUCACCUGCGAGCAGACAGUCUACUGCAGAGGCUACCAAUGAACGAGAUGAUGUGGUCCGGGGUGGCUAUCAACCAAUAGGAAAAGUGGACAUCGCCGCUAUUCGUCGCCAGGCCGCUGAAUCUGGCCAGAUGAAAGAUGAUCGUCCGACACCAGUCAAAGGGUCCUAUGAGCCAGUCGGUAAGGUGGACAUCGCGGCCAUUCGUUCCCGAGCCCAGAAGCCUGGGGGCAGUGCUCCCCUUACUGACUCGACUCCGAUUUCACGGAACGAGCCGACUGCCCUCCCGGAGCGUCCAGCAGCUAAUGCUGAGCGCUUGACCGACCUACCAAAGCCCAAGGUUGCUAAUAGAUUUGGCUCUGGCCCCCCGGUUGGAGGCACUAAACCCCCGCUGCCUGCUGGCCCCGGUGUCUCAUCGAGCACUGCAAACGCUCAGAUCGGAAGCGCUAGCCGAACCUUUGCUAACCAAGGAGGCAAAACACCUGCGCAAUUAUGGGCGGAACGUAAAGCUAGAGAGCGUGGAGAGACCUCUGAGACUAAUAUAUCUGUACCACCACCUAUCCAAAGCCAGGCCAGCGGCCAGAAUGAAUGGAAGAGCUCUUAUGCUGGAAAGUCAUGGGCGCCUGUUCAAACUGUGCAGGAUCGCCCUGCCCCAGCGCAGCCCGACGUGCGAGCAUCCGACCCCUUGCAACCCGAAAGCUCAGCGCCGUCUGAAGUCGCAACUGCGCGCGAGAAAUUCUCCCGCGAGCCUCCAGCCACCCCCCCCAUCCGCGAAAGCUCCCCUAUUCAAAUCGCUGUUCCUGUGAGCCAAAGCGUCUCGGACGCACACGAAGAGCAGCACGCUCCACCACCAGCCUUGCCGGUGGAAAGCUUGCAGGAGGCUGUUCCGAAGGAAGAAGAUCUUGAAGAAGAUCACCAUGAUCUUGGCCGUGCAGCUGCGGAAGCUACAGUCCCUGUCCAUUCGCAAGGCGGCUUGCAUGCAGUAGUUCAAUAUGACUAUGAAAAGGCCGAGGAUAAUGAAAUUGACCUUCGGGAAGGCGAAGUGGUGACUGAAAUUGAGAUGGUUGAUGAGGAUUGGUGGUUGGGUGUCAAUGCCCAAGGCGAACGAGGACUCUUCCCUGGAAACUACGUCGAAAUCGCAGCAGACGGUGAGGUCGCUGAUGCGCAUACCGCAGCUCAUGCAGAGGCCGAGCCCGAAUCUGUUGCUGAGCCGGAACCUGUCUCUGCUCCACCUCCACCUGCUGCUUCGGGACAUGAUUCAGCCCCAGCUUCCCAAGGCGCGACAGCUGCUGCUCUGUAUGACUAUGAGGCUGCGGAGGAUAAUGAAAUCAGCUUCCCAGAAGGUGCAACCAUUACUAACGUGGAAUUCCCUGACGAGGAUUGGUGGCUGGGAGAAUACGAAGGCCAGCGGGGCUUGUUCCCUGCAAACUACGUGCAGCUCCAUGAUUGA